AUGGAACUGAAGAAAUCUUUCUCGGACACCGAGCGCGCGCUCAGGAGCUACGGUGCCGUGUCGGAAACGGCAUGGACCACGGACAAAGGUGAGCGUCAUUCCGAUGUGUCCAUGGCAGAGAGCACCAUGGCUCCAGAAGAGAUCGAGGUGGAGAUGGCUCGUAUCCAGCGCCUGCGAGAGGUCCUAGUGCGCCGAGAGUCAGAGCUGCGCUUCAUGAUGGAUGACAUUCAGCUCUGCAAAGACAUCAUGAGUUUAAAGCAGGAGCUGAGACAGAUUGUCACAGUGCCAGAGAAAGAAAAAAACAAGAAACACCGGCAGCGAGAAGAGGAGCUGAUCCUGAAGAUUCAUAAAUUGGUGCAGAAGAGGGAUUUCCUGGUCGACGAUGCAGAGGUGGAGAGAUUAAGGGAGCAAGAGGAGGACAAGGAGAUGGCUGAGUACCUCAGACUGAAGCUGAUGCCUCUGGAGAAGAAGCUCAAAUCCUCACAAAGUGAGUGA